AUGCCACUCCAAGCCGCGGCAGCAAAAGGCCACACUGAAAUCGUCCAGCUGCUAUUGGAUAACAGGGCAGAUAUUAACGAAACAAGUGACCCCUACGGAACCGCCCUCACUGCGGCCUCCUGGCACAACCACAUUGACAUUGUGGAAUUGCUUCUAGCUAAUUCAGCCAGCGUGAACUUCCGAUACGGAGUAAGUGACGAUUUCCGGAGUCCGCUCGCCGCCGCCGCAGAAAGAGGAAACUUGCAAGUUGUCCAGUUGCUACUGGCAAAAAAGCGAAUGAUUAUGUGGAAAAACAUACUCAUGACAGCGCUAUAUGGCUUGCAUGUAUGA